UCUUCUUUCGAAAAAUUGCCGCACAAUUAUUCAGUCUUCUGAUCGUUCCAAGCUGCAAAAUUACUAGCGCAUCGAUCAACGGGUUAAAAAGACAAGAACAAAUGGAGUGCAAUUGUGUCGUCGAUAUUUCAUAACGUGAUAAUGCGAUCUGAAAUAUCGUGGUGAUGGUGUGAAUUGAAGGUGCUUGAAUGCGCAUUCAGUUCCAUUCGGCCGGGAUAGUUUUAAUUUUAUUGUCACCGCGUUAUUUGACGCCAUGCUGUCAGUAAUGGCGUCUAAGUGCAUUGUUAAGGAAAGGCACGGAGGGGUAAAUGGGGAACAUGAAAGGGCACGAUAUUCGUGUACCAAAGGGGAUAAUGCCAAGGUAGCGAGGGUAAUGAAGGUAUUUGUUAAUGGAUUUCGCUGUAAAAAUGUAAACAUAUUCUUCAUUCGAAUUCUUGGAAUUCUAUUAGGGAAGGUCUAUUCCCAGAAGCGACAUUUUUCUUUUUAUCCAGGUAUAUUCUUGAACCGACGACACGAGCGUGCUCGUUCGAGCGAUCACCGCACCACCUACACAUCCAUCUCCCCAAGGAAAGAAGCAUCGACCGCUAUUCGGUCCCCAGUACUUAAUUAUUCUUGCAAGUGGCACCGGUGUCUUAAUUAUCACGCGCUUUCAGCCCUUUUAAGGGAUACCUUUGGCAGAAGUGGCGAACCCGGCUAAUUGCAUUGCCAAAGAGUACUAAAGGUGGCGUGACAGCGUUUCUUAAUUGAAACUACAACCUUCAGAACCACAAGUUCUUUGUCAGAUAAUCUUAUAAGCAAAUAUUUUUCCAAAUUUCCUUUCGUAUCGAUUCAAUAUUUCCAAUUCUUUGAUCAUGUAGCUUUGAUGAUUAAGUUAGGUUAGAUUAAGUUAAUUUUAUUAGGUUAAUAAUGUAUAGAUGGUGUAUUUUUCCUGAUAGCAAAUGAUCAUGUGGCAAAGAAGCUUUAGAUAUUGCUGAAAAUCUUACAAAAUCAAGAAAUAGAUAUUUUUUUU